UGGCAAUUAAAGAUGGCGUCCUCUGAAACAGGUUUGGUUUAAAAAACAGUCUUGAAUAAAAAUUUAAAAAAAAAAAAACUUUAUUUAAUCAGUUAUGAUUAAAGUGUCUUGAACAAUAAUUAUUUGACAACUUAGAUGUUUAACCUGCUAAAUUUUAAAAUAAUCCUUUGUAAGAUCUUAUUCGUUUAUUAUUAUGUAAUGCAUGCAUCUACUUACUGCCUUACUACUUACUGGGGACCGGGGAAAUUUCAAAUUAUGAAAAAGUAAAAGCGUCUAUUGACUUUUCAAGACUAUUGGUAAUUUACUACAAAUAUCUUCUAUGGACCUAUUUGUAGUUAACUACCAAUAGCUUCUAGAGAGCUAUUGGUAGCUCAGCUAAUCAAAUCAAAACAGUAGGGGCAGGGGGUUAGGGUUAAGGUCUCUUGGCUUUCAUAGGAAAAGCUUUACAAAAUGUUCAUGGAAAUAAAGCUCUUUAAAUAUAAUUUUAAACUGCUUUGAACUGCCUGAGUAAAGUGAUUUAAUUCUUAUUUUAAAUGACUUUUAGCUUUAUUUAAUUGAUAUUACUAACUUUAUAAUGAUAAUCUAUUUUCUUUACAAAUGACAGUACAAAGGCUUGACAUUUUAGCCCAGCCUCGAUCACAUCAUCCACAGUACAGGCAAAACAGGUGAAAUUUAUUCCAACAAUUUUGGUAUAACCCAUUGAAAGAUGAUUUAUUUUACAACUUGUUAAUGUUACCAAACAAAAAGUUACCAUAUACAUUAGAUUAUAAUAUUAAAUGGUUACUUUUUUUACAUGUAUGUGUAGACGGUCAGUGUAUUGGGUAGAUAAGGAGCCACCAAGAGGAGGACCAGAAGGGCACACUGUUAUUGGUGAGCAGAAUGAUUGAGCUUUAUAAGAUUAUAAAUAUGAAUUCUCACAGCAUAGCAAAUCAUCCAGACUUUAAAAAAAGACUUGUUAACUUAAGGCAAAAUAAUAUUUUUUUUUGUCUACAACAAAAACAUAAUUUCAUUUUUUAGUGUUCGUUCUAGCAGGAUUAUGAAUAAGCCUUUUGUAGAAAAGAACAGAAUAAUACUUAAGUGAAUGUUACAUUGAAGGAAUAUGAAAACUAUGACCUCAAAAUAAAUGUGUUGUUGAAAAUAACUUAUCUGUCUCCAUAGAUGCAUCACCGAGAGUUCAUGAGCUAGCGAAACACAAAACUGCUGAUCAGUGGAAACCUGACAGGUGAGUAUGCAUGACAUAAACCAUUGAUGAAAACCUAACAUGUCAAUAUACAUGACAUAAACCAUUGAUGAAAACCUAACAAUGUCAAUAUCCAUGACAUAAACCAUUGAUAAAAACCUAACAUGUCAAUAUACAUGACAUAAACUAUUGAUGAAAACCUAACAAUGUCAAUAUACAUGACAUAAACCAUCAAUAAUUAUAGCAUAACAUUUGCACUCUGAAUGUUUGUUGAUGCGUCAAGUGUCGAAAAUAGCUGCACAAUUUUUAAUGUUGAUGCGUCAAGUGUAAAAAAUAGCUGACCAAUUUGUAAUGUUGAUGCGUCAAGUGUCAAAAAUAGCUGACCAAUUUGUAAUGUUCCAACUGACUGGAGAACAGCGCAUGUCGAUUCAAUCGACAAAAAGGGAAUAAUUAUGACCCUGCCAACUAUCCCCCUGUAUCCCUCACGAGCGCAGUGUUCAAGCUAUUGGAACACAUAAUCGUAAGUGUUGUCAUGAAUCAUCUUGAAAGCCACAACAUACUCAAUGACUGUCACCAUGGCUUCCAAGUCAACAGAUCAUGUGAGAACCAACUCUUUGAAUUUGCUGAAGAAUGGAUGACCAAUUUGGAGAACAGCAAGCAAACUGAUGUGCUUCUCAAAGGCAUUUGACUGUGUCAAUCAUAGUUUUCUAUUGCGCAAAAUGAAGAGAUAUGGGAUCCAAGGCACUACCAAAACAUGGAUCUCUAGCUUCCUCAGCGACCAAUGCCAGGCAGUAGGGGUAGUUGGCACAACCUCCUCCUUUGUCGGUGUUAAGUUAGGGGUCUCCCAGGGCUGGGUACUGGGCCCCUGUUUGUUCCUAAACAUAUAUCAAUGACCUCUCAAGCAAGACUGUUUGUAGAGGACACGGCGGUGUAUAGGACGAUCACCAACAAUUCUGACCAGGACCUCAAUCAGUUAGCAGAGGGGCUGAUGAGCUGGGGCAUGGAAUUUCAUCCCGCCAAGUGCCAGACCCUGUCAGUCUCCAGAAGCAGAUCCCCUCUACACCUCUCUUAUGAAUUGCAUGGGCAUAUUCUUGAGCCAGUUUCCUCCGUUUGGUACCUAGGUGUUACCAUUCAAAGAGAUGUCCGCUAGGAUGAGCACACUAACAACAUGUGCAAUCGGGCCAACAAGACCCUUGGGUUCUUAAGGCAAAAUCUGAAGAUUGGCAACUCAAGCAUGAAAGAAAAAGCCUAUAAAGCCUUUGUCCGUCCGCUUUAGAGUAUGCAUCUACAGUCUGGGACCUAUCUACCCAGAAAAGCAUCGACAUUUUGGAGGCGGUCCAGCAAUGGGCAGCUUGCUUUGUCCUGAACUGCUACAGAAACACCUCAAGUGUUGGCAGCAUGCUAGAAACACUGGGCUGGUCACCACUGGAAGAACGACACCGACUACCUAGGCUCACCAUGUUGUACAAGAUAAAAAAUUGGCUGAUCCACUGCUUCAGUAUGGAACAGAAACACGUACAACUUCCCCCUAGACAGCAACGAGGCCACGACAGGCAGUUCCAGCAAAUAAAAACAAGAACUCAGUACAGGAGCUCCUCAUUUCUGCCAAAGACAGUAAGUAAUAAUGGACUGGAACAAGCUUCCAAAAGUAACAGUGAGGCAGCUACAUUUGUGUCUAUUGCCUCCUGUCUUGCAACCCCCAGUUCAUAAUACCACUGCUGAGUAGCCCUUGCAACCAAUGAAGUAUCCCCUUGAGAACCAUGCACAGUAACAUCACAAACCCCUCUGACGCAUAGGAUCAAAAAUGAUCAAUUCAUUGAUCGUGGGCCCUCAAAAUAUAGAAGAAGAAGAUGUUGAUGUGUCAAGUGUCAAAAAUAGCUGCACAAUUUGUAAUGUUGAUGGUAGUGUAAACAUUUUACUCAAAGAUGUUUUUUUAAAAUAUUUUAAGCCUAAUUUAUUAUAGCUGCAAAGUUCACUGAAUGUGUGUAGUUUCCAUACAGGCCACACAGCACUCUUAAUGUGUGUUGAUUUCGGCUGUUUAGAUAGUAACUGCUUACGUAAUGAGUUUAGUAAUAUCCCUGGAAAUGCUCUGAACUCAAAUAUGGCACACCAGUUUAAGAUCACAGACCCUUAUGGUCCAAAAAGGAAAAAAGGAUUUAUCUGCAUGAAUUACCUGUAAGUCUAGAUUGUGAUUUGUGUUGUGACCUAGAUUGGUGUGAAUGUUGGGUAAGGGGAGUUGUGGAUUGUGAAAGUGUUUUGUGAGUUGUUGAUCGUGAGGUCAGAGCGUGAAGUUAGUCCAUGGUGUGGAAUGUUAGUGUAGGCUGAGUUGUUUUGUGUGGUAAUAUAAAAUGGGAAGUGUGUUAGCUAGACGUCAGAAGAAAGGCAGAAGAGUAACAGAAGAAUUGUUAGUCGUCAAAAGUUAUCAGUCAAGAGUUUGUCGAGUAUCGAUAAGAGCGAGUGACACGUUAGUCGAGAGAGUAGUGCUAGGAGAGUGGAUAGUUGGUAGUUGGACUGAUGUGUGUUCCACGCACCAUAGUAUGUUGAAUAGCAGUGUCCUGUUUUGUAACGUAUGCAAUAAAUUAUUAUAUUGUUACACUGGACCUUGUGUUUUAUGUGAGAGAGAGAUUCAUGCACCCUAGAAAACGUAGAAGUAGUCAACCAUAAGAUAAACAAAGAUGUAACAUUUCAAGUAUUGAUGAAGGUCUCAAGUUAUUAAGUUAAAGUCAUAACAAUUUGAAAUCAAUGGAGCACAAAAUGCCUAUCAAUUAAUUGUAAAUGUUUUGGAAAGGUUUGCACAAUUAUAUAUUUUUACUGCCAUAAAAGUUCCAGUAAAACCAGUUGUCCUACAGGCUGAAGAGUGAUGGAAAAUUCAUAUAUUUUUAGACUAAAUUUGGUUUAGAUGAUUUUUUUCCCCAAAACUAUUUCAGAGCCAGUGCUUCAUGGCCCGUGUCCGACAGUGCCAAGUCAAGCUCCGCCUCCUCAAGAAUACUGCAGCUGAGUGCACAUCGAAACCCUCAUCCUGAAUACAGUUUUGAUAGAAGUCCAGAAUGGCAGGUCAAUAGGUCAACCCUAUCUGCUAGCUCAACCCCACGUGUUGAGAAACUUGCAACCCCAAAACGUCGCCUUGAGACAUAUUCAUAUCAUGACCCAUAUUGGGGUUACUUGUAAGUAAUUGGGGAUAUUUUUAAGUAAUUGGGGUUACUUGUAACUAGUUGAGGAUACAUGUAAGUCAUUGGGGAUACUUGUAAGUAAUUGAGGAUACAUGUAAGUAAUCAGGGAUACUUAAAAUUAAUUGGGGAUACAUGUAAUUAAUUGAAGUUACCUGUAAUUAAUUGAGGAUACUUGUAAUUUUUUUUAACUGAACAAAAUGUGUGCAUUUAAGUCCCUUCAAAUUGGCCAAAUCUUCAUUUAAGCCCCUUUAAGUAUGGUAGCAGGUAUAUUUUAUGUAUUUAUUUUCAAGUACAAGUAUCUUGGAUACUGAACAUUUUAACAAAUCAACAACAAUAUGUCAAAGUAACUAACCAAUUAUCUCUAACCAGAGACCACCAUCUGGGCACCACAAGGCUGCGUUCUCUCUCCUGUCCUAUAUACAAUAUAUACAAAUGAUAUUCAAAGCUCAAGCAACACUGUUCCAAUCUUAAAAUUUGCUGAUGAUACCACCAUUGUUGGCUUAAUAUCUGAAGGAGAAGGUUUAUACCGCAACUUAGUUACAAGCUUUAUCAAUUGGUGUGAUGAAAAUUUUCUCCAGUUGAAUGUCUCAAAGGAAAUGGUUGUUGAUUUCAGGAGGGGGAAAUACCAGAUUACAGAUCUCAACAUAAAAAAUCAAAGUGUAGAGAAAGUGGAGGCAUACAAGUACUUAGGUGUCACCAUUAAUAAUAAGCUAACAUGGCAUGAGCACGGUCAAAGGCUGUAUACGAAAUUCAACCAAAGACUGUUCUACCUAAAUAAACUGUAAAAUUUUGGCAUAAACAAGCAAAUCAUUAACUUAUUCUACAGUGCAACAAUUGGAAGCCUACUUAAUUUCAGUAUUACCUGCUGGUGUGGGAAUUCAACAUCUGAUAUUAAACACUGCAUAAACCGACUAAUUAAGAAAUCUAGGAACGUAACACAAACUAAACAUCCUUCACUUGAAGAACUAUUCUCAGAAAGAUUUUUUGUAAAACUAAACACAUUUUGAAUGAUACAUCCCACCCUCUUCAUCACAAAUACUUAGGAUCGGGCCAUUUGGGACGAAUUCUUUCCAUCAGGGCGAGGACUGACAGAUAUAAAAAUUCUUUUGUUCCCCAAUGUGUACGAAUUUACUGGCAUGCUUCCACUGAAGUCACACAUCUUAAUGAGAAUUAAUAAGUCCCCGAUUUGGCUAAGAGAACUCACUGAAUGGCCGUUUGAAAUAAUUUAUUAUAAAUGUCUUGCGUUCAAGUUGUUUUAUUUAUGUGCUGAAAAUGUAUAAUGCAAUCAAAAAACAUUUCCAUUUAUUUGGAUCAAUAAAAGAAUCUGAUCUUAUCUUAUCUGAUUUAAUCAGUCUCCUAAAAUUCACAUCAUUUAUUUUUUUCAUUUAUCCAGUCAUUCAUUCCUUGUGGGCCCAUCUGCGUUCUUUCACAUAUUAACUUUUGAGUUUAUGAUGGACCUACUAGCAAUGUCAGCUAUUCAUCAAAUCUCAUGUCAACCAUGUCAUUUGAUUUAAUUAGCAUAGUCCAGGUUUUCAAGCUUUGAGGUCAGCGUCUAUUGUAUCGUGGCCUCUUUUCUUGAGUAGUUUGCACUGUGUGCCAAUCAGUGGCCUCUUUUCUUGAGUAGUUUGCACUGUGUGCCAAUCAGUGGCCUCUUUUCUUGAGUAGUUUGCACUGUGUGCCAAUCAGUGGCCUCUAGACAUAACUGUGUUGAUAGAAUGCAUCCCUGAUCAAUCCCAGUCUCAACUUUGAAAGGUUCAGUAAUUUGAUCUUUGGUGAAAAUUCUUUGUUGAAAUUUCUCAGAGUGAUUUGAAGUUUUGGGGAAGGCCAAAGUGUUUGAGUACAUUGCAAAUUGACUCUCAUUUUAGGCUGCUAAAUGUGUUUUUGUUGCCUAGGGUCGUGUCCAUUCUUACACUCACAUUUGUCCAUCCCUUCACUCACAGCAUUGGUCCAUCCUUCCACUCACAGGAUUGGUCUACCCUUUCAUUCACAACAUUUGUCCAUCCGUUUACUCUAGGCAUUGGUCUAUAAUAAUUGUUAACCUACCUAAAAUAUAAAAAUGGUUAACUUACCUAAAAUCAGAAGGUAUAUUGGAAAAGAAAACACAAAAUGAACCACAGAAUAAUUUAUAUACAUAAAUUUAUCAAUUAUUAUUAAGUUGAAAGGAUGAAUUAAAACAAAAAUUGACAAUCAACCAUAACAAAUAAUAUGCCUAUAUACUUUGGGCCUACUAUCUCAUUUUAGACAGUCCUCUCUUCUCCACUCUUCUCCGUGGGUUGUUUGGAUAUGCAUCAAGUCUUUUAAGGACAUUUCAAUACAGCUACUGACAUUUGUUUAAUAUUAUAUUUUUUAAGCUCUCCUAUUUCUGAAAAUGCUUUACGAGCAAGUUGUUCAGCCAGAGUGGAGUCCCUAUCCCAUCAUAAAGACUAUCACAAGGUGAAGUAACACAUUUCCUGUUUGUUAAUUUGUCACACUACCACACACAAAAUCAAGUCUUUGAAAUAAAGAGGAAUUUUAAAUAUAAAUAAUUUAAGGAACAAAGUUUUCAUUUGCUCUAAAAUUCCAUUUGUUUUGUUCCUGAAGUGAUGCUGCUGCCUUUGACUUUGAGAGAAAUUAACAGAUUGAUUUAAAAAAUGAGACUGAUAGUCGCUAAAUAAAUAAAUUUUGUCCAUUUGAUUGAUUUGAUAGUAUGACAUGCUAUAAUAAUAAUGUUGAUACUAACAUGCAAAUAUGGAUAGAGACUUUGAAUAUGUGACACAAAAAUGUUUUUGAAGCUGUUAACUGUACAGCAAUUUCAGACCAUUAUUACUGUAUACACUUCAAUAUGACCAUUUUAUUCAUUGAACUUAGGAUUUCAAGGAUGCAAGAUCAAUUCAGUGGCAUGUUUCUGAUGAAGCACUUGCAGCGAUUGCCUCCCUUAGACUACAGCAGUUGUCUCGCCCACCACCAAGGGUGCUGAAGAAAGAGGAUUAUGACCCUUACAGGAUACCCUCCAGUGCCUUAAGGGCACAGACAACACCCAGACUAGAUGAACUGGCGAUGCCCAUUCCACGAAAAGUUCGGACAAAAAGAGUCAUUUAAUUAUAGACUAGACUUAUUUAUUUGCCACAGUCUUAAGGACAUUAAUUUGAUACUUCAAGAAACGUAGAUGAUGAUCAAAUAUUCGUUUCAGUUUGUGAGCAAUUGAUGGUGGCCACAGUCUUUAAUCUGUUUAAAAAUUGUAUCUUAAAAUCUUCUUAUUUAUUAUGCACCAAAAACAACUUUAGAUUUCAAAAUCAUUUCUAUUUGACAAAGGAAGAGCAUUUUAUGAGGAUCUGUUUAAUUUAUUCAUGUUUUGUUUAGAUUGUGUUUAAAUAUUGUUUGUUUCAUUAAAUCAUGUUGGGGGGUCAAACUUUUUCAAGGCUUCUGUUUGUAUUGUGUUAAAUAUUAAUUGUUUCAUAAAAUCAGUUUUGGGUUCAAUAUUUUUUAAGGCUUAUCACUUAUUAUUUGGAUCAUUUUAAAAUAUUCUUUUAAAGACUCAUGUUGAGCACCUAAGUAUUAAUUAUAAAGCUCUGUAAUAUUUAGCCAUAUAUUGCCUUAUGUUGCUGAUCAAAGUUUAGCCAUAUAUUGCCUUAUGUUGCUGAUCAAAGUUUAGCCAUAUAUUGCCUUAUGUUGCUGAUCAAAGUUUAGCCAUAUAUUGCCUUAUGUUGCUGAUCAAAGUAUUUACUCUGAAAUGUUUAGCCAUGUAUUGCCUCAUGUUGCUGAUAUAUUUAUUGUGAAAUGAAGUGUAAGCUUUUAUGUCAUACUUAUUUCAAGCAUGGAUUGUGGGUAAUAUGUAUGUCAAAUGUGCCUCAUGUCACUUUCAUAUCACCUUCUCAAAAUUUAGAUAAUAAUUGAAGGACUGCAUUCAAGCUUUGGAAAUUCCUUACUCAAGAGAACAUUUAAAUAAUCAUAUUUGCAAUUAAAUAAAUUUGCUAAAAAAUAUUUGUAUUUGAAAUAACAAUUCUUACUUCACUGCUAGACAAAAAAAUUUUGUCCCCCCUAACUAUCAGAUUCAUCUAUAUCUAAUCUGAUACAUAGGUCAUUACAAUGUCGUUUUUUUUAGUAGACAAACCAUGUUUUAAAUGCUGUGUAUACAAAAAUAUUAACACAUGUGUAUUUGCUCAAAGAUCAAAUAAUGAGAUUGACAUUUGUAAACCUUUCUUUAAAUUUGUUCUCUAAGACAAAAUCUGUGAUAUUAAAACUGACGCCAGUAACCCACAGCAUUAAUUUAACUCAAGAGGUCUUCUCUAAAAGUUAUACAAUAUAAUGUAUUCAUACAUUUAGAAUUUAUGCCUGUGGCAUAAUUUUAAUUAAAUGCCAUCUAUCCAUGACUUUUGCUAAUAUUUGAUAUCUGCAUUUGACUUGUAAAAGAUUAUACAACAUGUAAAAAAUCUACCAGUUACAUUUAAUAGCCUAUACAUUGCUCCUAAAUAUUUUGAUAUUAAUAUUUUAACUCCUUACCUCCUGUGUUCCCAAAUGUAUUAGGACCAUUAUGCUAUAAAUAGCCUUUUCAAAAAUAAGUAUUUAUAUUUUUUUAAAGUUGGGGUAACCCUUAUUUAUAUUCCACUUAUAAAUUUCAACAAAACCGAUAAAUUAGCACAUCAUUUAUUACAUAUUUUGUUCCUGCUACAUUAGCUUGUACAGAUGAGAUUUGUUUUAUUUUGGGCAAUGUUCUUUAUAACUAUUACUUUUUACUUCAGUAAAAAAAAAUUGUAAAAAGAUGACAUUUAUAAUUGUUUCUAUAUUACAAGGUGAAAUUACAUUUACAUACAGUGUCAUUAUAUUAUAAGUGCCAUUAAAUGUAUAUAAUUUGCCAUUAUAUUAACAUAAGGUGUCAUUAUAGUUAUAUAAGGUGCCAUUACAUUUAUAUAAGGGGCCAAUAUAUAAAUUUAAGAUUUUUAUAAAGAUUUUAGUUCAGUUAUUUUAAAUGACAUCCUUAUUAUACAUCAUGAUAUGUUGAAUUUAACUAGACCAGUAUCUUGGUCAUUACACUGAAAGUUAGUUGGUCAGACCUAAACCAGUAUUAAGGUCAUUACACUGAAAGUUAAUUGGUACAACCUAAACCAGUAUUAAGGUCAUUACAAUGAAAGUUAAUUGGGCUGACCUAAACCAGUUACAAGGUCAUUACACUGAAAGUUAGUUGGUCUGACCUAACCAGUAUUAAGGUCAUUACAAUGAAAGUUAAUUGGUCCAACCUAAACCAGUAUUAAGGUCAUAACACUAAACGUUAGUUGGUCCGACUUAAACCAGUAUUAAUGUCAUUACAAUGAAUGUUAAUUGGUCCUAAAUAAACCAACUUUAAGGUCUUUACAUUAAAUACACAACGAAGCCUUGAUGCAUCCCACUUUUCUCCAGUAAUGUUUAAGAAUAAUUUUUUUUCAAGUCAAUAGUGAUUUAUUUAUUUAUAGUUUUACAAUUUUUUUAUUCCACAUUACUGCACAUUCAUUUUACCUUUCCAUUUGCACAUGUCUUGUUAGCUUCAAUCUGCACAUGUCUUGUUACGUUCAAUCCAUGCAUGUCUUGUUAACUUUAAUCUGCUUAUGUUUUCAAUUCAUUUUCAGAAAUCUUAAAAGGGAUAAAUCCAAUGAAAUUAAAAUUAAUAUCUCUUUAGAAUCCAUUUGGAAUUAGAUGAUUGCCUGAAGUUUAUUUUAACAAUGAUUUUGCUUUAUCAAAACAUUGAGCAGUUUUCUGAUUUGCUGAACCUUUGAUUUGGUGCAUUAACCUAAAAAACAUGAAUCAAUAAAUCACAGCAAUCAGUUUGCUCCCAAAUCUCCACGACCAUUAUAAUUGUUAUGGACCUCACCCAGUGCUCAUAUUUAUUAUUUCAUUAAUAGUAAUUUCUUUAUUAAAUAGGAAUUAAUUGUUUCUAAUUAAUUAUUAAUGUUUUUAGAAGUAUUGCUUGGCUUAGUGAACUGUAAACAUUUUUAUCAUUUUGAAAACAUUGAAAUAAUAAAUUGUUUCAAUUUUUGUACAUUCAUUUUCCGUUCACAUGAAAUAAUAAAUUGUUUCUUCAUUAGUACAUUCAUUUUUGUUCACAAGUCAUUAGUUCUCUGUAUAUUUUCAUUUGGGAAAUUUUCAUUUGCCCUACAUUUUAUGAUGGUUAUAAGUGGGUUACUGGGAUUUUUAUCUGCACAUAGAUGUUAUUGUGUUGCACUUUACACAUGUUAAAAUGAGGCUGUGAUGAGUUGGCCUGUGCUGUGCUCCUUUGAGGUGCAAUAAAGGUGUUAAAUAUAUCUGGCUUUUUAUAUCUGGCUUUUGGCUCUUAUAAAGAAAUAUGAAAUGUUUUGUUUUUUGUUUGUUUUUUUAAAUAUAUGUUUUAACUUAAAUAAUUAGACUUUUAAAAUUACUUGGCU